CAAAGGUGCGCAUGACAGCGAACAGAUUUGUUAUGAGAAAAGAAACAGACUAGCUACCUAUAGCUAAACAGUCACUCUAGUGAUGUUUAAAAAUCUGAAAAAGAAACUUGAACAAGGGGUUGCACAAACACCCUUAAAGGGAGCCCUCAGUGCUGUGACAAAGAAUGAUUCAAGUACAACUGAAAGUCCAAAGCAAGAAACAUCAAAACAGAAUGGAAAACAAGGUAGUCCUCAGACUGGUAAAGGUGAUGGACAGGAUUUUGGUAUUCCACAGGCAGAGAGUACACCAAAGAAAUUAGGAGACCAAUCUGCCAGCCCUGCUGUAGGUCAGCUUGUGGAUAUACCACUACAGGAUGAAGGAACUCCUAACAAUACCACUGAUUUUGCAUCAGCCUUAUCCAACUUACCAGGGGACGAAACUCCUAGACCAUCCAGAUCUAGAACUUCAUCAAUCAGUUCUGUUACCAGUGACAGUUCUUUCUUCAACAAUACUACAUUUGGAACUCACCAUUACCAAUUACCAUCAGAUGUGGAGAGUGAAAUAGAUGAAUCAACAUCAAACUUUGAUUCUUACAGUAAAGAGGAUUUAUAUAUGCUUAUUAAAAGAUUUGAGCGAAGAGCCUACAAAUAUAAGUCUAAGUUUAUGGAGGUAGCUGCUGCUUACAAAGACCUAGCUCAAGAAAGGGAGAAAAUCAAGACCACACUUACAAUGACUCAGGACAAAGCUUUCCGUAGGAUAUCAGAGCUAAAAGAACAGAUUCAAUUGGAUCUGAUGGCUAAAAAAGAUCUUGAGGAGAACUACCGACUUAUGUUGGAAGAAAAGGAUGAGCACAUCAAAGUGUUUCAGAUGCAGAUUCGCUUACUUAGAGAAGGUAAAGAGAUUCCACCAGAAUUGGAGAACAAAGUUACUAAAGCUAAACCUCAGAGUAAGGAAGUAGGGAAAGGAGACAACUCAGACAUACAAACUGAUGAUGUUAAAAUUCUAAAUGAAAAGGUGAAAAGGCUGGAGGGAUUAUUAAGCAGGUGUAAAGAUACCAUCAAAACAAACAAAGAGAAGUAUGCACAGAUCACAACAGAAAAAGAUCAGAUUAACAAACAGCUACAAGAGAAAAAUACAGAAUUAGAGAAAUUAAAGACAUCUGCUGCACCAGACACUAUGAUUAAACUGCAGAACCAGAUGAAGGAAGCUCGGAAAGUUAUAGAACAACUGGAGGUGGAUAGAGAGGUUGCCAUUGCUGAGGUCAAGAAACAGGUGCAUGAAGAAAUGGAACUUAAGGAUCAGGAACUAAGGGAAAUCAGACAGCAGUGUGCCUUACUCCAGGAAGAAAAUAAAACUAACACAGAUAAAGUGGAUAGACUAGAGAAGUCCAGCCAGGAAACACUAGAGAAAUCAAGGGAGAUAAUAAAGAGGUUAAAAGAUGAAAAGAAGCAGGUGAUAGUUGAAUCAGAAGAGAGAAUAAAACAAGCAGAAAAAACCAUUGAAGAGGAGAAAGAAAACCUGAUACAGGAAUUGUCAAGGGCAAAGGCUGCUGCAGUGACAUGCUUACAGGAAGAAACACACAAGAAAGUAGAAGGAGAAGUUCAGAAAACAGUGGAGGAAAGAGAUCAGUUCUGGGAAAAACAAAUACAUGACUUAGAGAAACAACAUUCAAGUGCCAUACAAACCCUUACAAAAGAGAAAGAUAUAGCUGUUCGUCAGUUAGAGGAAGAAAUAAAUCACAGAUUAUCAGAAAAAGAUGAAGAAAUGAAGUUGGCAGUCGAGGAACGUGACCUUCAAAAAAUGGCUGCCAUGUCACAACAGGGCACACUAAGAGAACAGUUACAGGAGGAGGUGAAAUUAUUGACUAGUAAAAGAACAGAGCUAGAGAGUGCCUUAUCAGCUUUGAAAGAUCAAAAUGAGGCUACAAUUGUAGAAUUUGAACAAAAAUUGAAGAAGCAACAGGAAAAUUUCACAGCUGAGUAUCAAAAUAUUCAGUCAAAGCAUAAAGAGGAGGUGGAAAACAUGAAACAUGAAUCUUUACGAGCUGCACAGGAUCAGAUACGGGAAAUAAUGGAACAACAUAGUGCUCAGCUAGAAGAUCUUACCAGGAAACAUGAGGAAUCCAUGCAGGGAUCAAGUUCUGAUCUGGAAUCUUAUUAUAAAGAACAAAUAAAGUCACUGAAAUCCAAUAUGGAACAGAUGUUACAGGAACGCAGCCAACAGGCAGAACAACUUAGUGCUAACAUACAUCAGUUGAAGUCAACCUUAGCAGAGAAAGAGAGCAAUAUUGAACAGAUGAAAGCUAAUUUUGAAUCUGAAAAAGAAGAGACAAUGAAAUGUAUUCAAAGCAAAUCAGAAGAAAAUGAAAAAUUACAAAAAGAUCUUGAGAAUUUAAUAAAACAAUUUGAGUCAGCCAAAGUUUCAAGUGAGGAGGAAAGAGAUUUGCUAAAAGGUCAAGUUCAGUCAUUAGAAAGUAAAUGUGGACAGUUAGAAUCAGAAAACAAAUACAUGACUGAGAAACUAGAUGAACAUGUGAAACAGAUUGACACCAUGCGACAAGAAACUGUUGCUUGUGAGAUAGAAUGGAAACGCAAAGUGGAGGAAAUUUUACAAGAUCAUAGCAAUACCAUGUCAGCAAUAUCUGCUUCAUCAGAGGAAAGUAUUAAAACAAUGACAUUACAGAUUGAGAAAAGCGAUAAAGAAAUAGAGGACUUAACAUCACAACUUGUUGAUGCUAAUUCAAAAGUUAUAGAACUUGAUUCGAAAGCAAUGAGGUUGCAGGAAGUAGAUGGCAUUCUGACAAAGGUUGAAUGCGAGAAACAGGCAUUGGAAGAAAAAAUUAGAUCAUUUGAAACAUCAUUGAAUGAAAGUAUGAAGGUCAAUGAAGAUUUAAAUGUUAAGGUGAAUGAGACAAAAGAUUUAUUUAACACAAGUCAAGAACAUCUGAAAAAGGAGAAGUCAAGCUUAGAAGAUAAGAUAUCAGCUUUAUCACAUGACCUUGAAAUGAAAGAUGUGAUUAUAUGUGACAUUGAGAAAGCUUUAGCAGAAAAAAGUGAAGAAUUAAAGGCCAGUCAGAGUGUACUUACAGGAAGUGAUUCACAAAUUCAGACUUUUGAAGUUGAAAUAAAAGAAAAAAACGAAGAAAUUAGUAAAAUGAAAGAAAAAUUUGACAGAUUACGUAAUGAAGCCAAAACAAGGUUAAAAGAAUUCAAGGAAAAUUUGGAUCAAGCUAAUCUUAAAGUUCAAACUGAGAGUGAAGAGAAAGAAAAAAUGAAACAAGAUUUUGAGAUAGAGAGAGAACAAAGUACAAACAAGUUUAAUGUCAGAAUCAAAGAACUAGAGGAGAAACUUAGUGAAGGAGAAACAAAUUUGAAAAACAUGGAAGAGGGAUUCAAAGUGAGGUUUGAGGAAUUACAAAGUCAGUAUAAAGAUAAUAUGAAUAAGAUUAAGGAGCGUUACCAAGAAAAAAUGGCUGAAAAGGAACAGGAACAUGAAAAGGCCAUAACAGAGUUACUGACUCAGAAAGACAUGGGCACACAAGAUGUGAUGAAGACAAUGAAUGAACAGAAAGAGCGACAAUUUAGUGAGCUUUCAGACCAUCAUAAAUCGGAGAUUACUUCUCUGACUCAGGAGUGGGAGGAAAAACUGAAUAAAGAAAAAGCUAGGGGAGAUAAUGAACUGCAGAAAAUGACGGAGGAUAAAGAAAAUGAAGUCAAGAAUAUCAAAGAUGAAAUGGAUCAAAAAUUAAAUGAACUGAGUAAUGCUAAACUUACUUUGGAAAAUGAAAUGGAGAACGUGUUAAAAAAACACAAUGAAGAACUGCAAAACAGAGAUCAGACAAAUACAGAAAAUUUAGAAAAAUGUAAAAUUUUAGAGGCUAAAAUUGAAGAAUUAAAUACUGCUUUGUUUACAGUGUCAGAAAAACAUGAUCAUGAAAAGCAAGAAAAAGAUCAGAUUAUUUCUCAGUCAUCAGAGAGAAUUAGUCAGUUAGAAGAGGCUAAUAGAUCAAUGGAAGAAAUGUUGCAUGCAUUAAAUGAUCAAACUCAAAAUAAGGACGAUAGAAUUAAAUCCUUAGAGGAGGAAUUAGAUAAUAAUGGUCAGAAGGUAAAAUCAGAAUGUGAGUCACAAGUAAAGGAGAUUGAGUCAGAGCUUAUUCAAAAGGAUGCAAUAGCAAAAGAGUUAGAAAUACAGUGCAAUGGUUUUCAGGUACAAAUAGAUAACUUAAAUUCAACAUUAAGUGAAAAAGACGAGAGGUUAAAAGGUCUUGAGUCAAAGUGUGAGGAAAUGAAAUCUGAAAGUGAAAAUUUAAAGGAGGCGAAAAACAAAGAAUUAAAAGUUGUAAAGGAAGAGUAUGAAAAACGUUUGGCUGAAAUGUCAGCCAAUGAUGUUGAACUACAGUCAAAUUUGACACAGUUGAAUACCAAGGUAAAUGAAGCAGAAGCAAAAUUAGUUGAUUGUAUGCAGAGUUAUGAAGUUCAAAUUGAAGAAUUAAAUUCUAAACUACAGAGAGAAACUGAAGGUUUUGAGGAACAAAAAGGCAUGCUAAAAAAACAAUUAGAAGACAUAGAUAAACAGGCAAGAAUGACUUCUGAAGACCUAGAGAAUUCUCUUCAGUCAAAAGUACGUGAAGGUGAACAGAAAUUAUUAGAGCAGGCAGAAGUUCAUAAAGCAGAGAUUGUCGCUCUUGAUGAACAGUGGAAAAGUAGGAACAAUGAAUUGAAACAGAAAGUCAAAAUAAAAAUUCAGGACCUUCAGAAUCAAGCUGUAGGCAUUACUGAGAAAGGAAAAGCUGAAAAGGAAGAAUUAAAUGCUAGAUUUGCUUCAGAACAGGAAAGAUUUAAGACAGAAAACUCAGCUUUAAAAUCUAAAGUGACUAUAUUGGAAGAAAGACUUGCUUCUGAAAUUGUCUCUGUUCAAACCAUUAGUGACCGUGAAGAAAAAGUUAAAAUCAGAAUUAGUGAUUUAGAAAAAAAAUUAAGUACUGAACAAGAGGAAAAAGACUCAAUUUCUGCUGAACUUGUACAUUCCAAUACCAAGCUUUUACAAUUAGAAGAAAAUUCUGGGUCUUCUCAAAUGGCCAUUGUUGAUUUGGAAAAACAAUUACGUGAACAAGGGGAAACAAUUACAGAGAAGGAAAAUACAAUACUAAAAUUAACAAGUGAUUUUAAUGAAAAAGAGACAAGAUUACAGGAAGUGAAAAAUAAUUGCCAGGCCAUUGAACUUAAAUUAAAUGAAAUUUCUGAUAAUUGUCAAAAAUCUGUUGGAGAUAGCCACCUAAAGAUAGCAAAUUUAGAAAAGGAAGUGUUGGAAAGAGAAAAACAAUGUAGUGAACUUCAGAAAUUGUUGUGUGAAGAAGAACAAAAUGUCCAUUCUUUAGAAAAUGAAGUUAAAAAUAUGCAAGAAAAAUUGAACUCUUCAGUUGGGCAAAUAAAGGAUUAUGAAAACAUUAAAGAGCAGUUAGACAAUUCUAAUAUUAAAGUGAAAAACUUAGAAAGUGAAUUGAACAAAGCUUUAUCAGAAAAAACAGAAGCAGAAACAUCAUAUCAAGAAAACUUGUCUGCAUUUACUCAAAGCUUCAGUAGGGAUAAAUCUUUAGAAAUAGAAACUUUAGAAACCAAGUUUAAAGCUGAAAUUGAUGAAUUGAAUGAAAAGUUGUCACUAGAAUCAAUCUUGAAAGGGAAAUUUGAAAGUGAAUUAUGUGAGUUAAAACAUAAGUAUUCAGUAGAAAUUGAGGAAUUGACCCAGAAAUGUGACAUGGAUAGCACUUCUAAAGUGUCAGAGUAUAAGAAAAAAGCAGAAAGUUAUAUUUCGCAAGUAAAAAAACAAAUGCAAGUAGAGAAAGAAUCUUUACUCUCUCAACAUUCCAAACAAAUAUCAGACUUUGAGGAAAGGUAUCAGACAUUACAAUGUCAGUUAGAGGAAGCAUCAUCAGAGAGAGAUAAACUGUUAAAACAGCACGAAAGUGAAAAUUCACAUCUCCAACAGAUGUUAGACUCCGAACAAAAAUCUAAAGACAUGAUAGCUACCGAACAAAAACAAAAAUCUGAAUCAAAUUCACAAGAAAUGAAAAACUUACAGCAGAAGGUAGAGGAACUGUCACAUGAUAAAGAGGAACUAAACAAACAGAUUCUAGAACUGGAAUCCAAACUUUCCAAAUUGUCAGAAUCAUAUCAGUCUGAUUUAAAACAAUUAAAAUCAGAAAAAAAUAAAAUAGAAAAAGAACUCAGUGAUGUUAAGCAAGACAAAGAGGAAAAUAGUGAAUCGUUGGUGAAGAAACAGGAAGAAGAAUUAGAGAAAAUGAAGCAACAUUAUGAGGAGUUGUUACAGGAUACAGAGAAUGACCAUAACGGCAAGAUCAAAGAACUGGUUAAGGAAUUCAACAAGACAAUGGUAGGCAAAGAGAAAGAAUUUGAGAAAACAUUCUCUAAUGCUUUAGAUAAAUCUCAGAGAGGAGAAAACCGCCUUUUACAAGACCAUAACCAGACAGUAACAGACCUACACAAAGAAUUACAGGAGAAAGAUGAGGCGUAUGAUAAAAUGAAUGAAGAAUGGGAGGGACGAUUAAUGGACAAAGACUUAGAAAUAUCAACCCAAGUUUCAGAGUUACAACAAGAUAUCACAAGCUUAAAGCAGCAACAUCAGGUAGAGAUUUGGGACUUACAGGAGAAAUUAAAAAAGUCACAUGGAGAAUCCAUGAUUCAGAAAGAAGUUAUGCAAAAACAGGAAGUGAGUGCUCUUACACAGGAAUGGAAUAAGGAGAGACAGUAUGAUGUUGUACAGCGAGCUACCGAUUCCUCCAUUAUAGAACCACAGGAAUUACUACAUCACAACCAGUUAGCUAUUAGUGCUUUACAACCAGGUUCAACUAACAUAACCCAGUUACAGCAACAGGUUGUCUUACUCACCAGGAAAUUGGAUGAAAUAAAGGAACAACAUAGACUAGAAAUAGCAGAAUUACAAGGUAGAAGUGAGAUGAACUCUCUACAGCCUCCACUCAUUGACACACCCUUCAGAAAGAAACGAGUUCAUUUUGAAGAUCAGACAGAACAUGCUCAGAACAUGGAAUUGAUCAAUAUAGAUUUGGAGGCAAAACUACAACAAGUGAAAACUGAACUAGCUCAAACCAAGAUCAGGGAGAAUGAACUGAACAAUAAGUUACAUCAUUAUGAAGGAAGGCAUGGUGAUAUUGAUUCACCACCUCUUAGUCCUGGUUACCAUGCCACUGGUCCCCUGUUGCAAGAACCAACUCAGUGUGAGUAUCUGAAGAAUAUACUAUACCAGUAUAUGAUGGGAAGAGAGACCAAGACUCUAUCUAGAGUGAUAGGAACUGUAGUACAUUUUAAUGAUGAACAAAUGAGGAAAGUAAUUGCAAGAGAAGAUGCUAAAACUAAUGAACCUUUGUCUGACAGAAAAUUUAUAUGUAUUUAAAGCUUGGCUGAGCACACCUUCAUAAAGAAAAAGUUGUUAUAAACAUAAAUAGUUCGUUGAAACCAAAGACACCAAGUAGAAAUCCAGUACAUAUCCAAAACAGUACCAAGUCAAAAACCAAUCAGGUGUCCUGAAUAUUCUCUUAGAAUAGUUGGAAUCUUUGCAAUUUUAGCAUUAUUCAGAAUCUGGAUAUGCUUGUAUUGCUACAUUAUUGUACUGUUAUUAUUUGUUUACUAUUUAUUUUGUUAAGAAUAAAAAUUGUAUGGGUUUGUUUCUGUAAAUUAUGUUAAAAUAAGAACUUGCAAAAUGACUUUGCUUUCAUUUUUUAAAUAUCUGAACAAAGGCUGUGAGAAAAUAUAAAUAUAGCUGUGAUUUGAUGACACGUUUUUAUUAUGUCAAUACUAAAUGAUGACACAUGGAAGAUUUGUCAGAUUUUAGCAAACAUAGGCUAAUGUCAAAAACUUUUUGACAGAAUUAGAAAAGACCACAAGAGUCACACAUUGUAUUUGUUUUGCCAUUUAAUUAUGUAAUCACUAAAUCACAUUUCCUAUUGAAUAUAUCUUUGAUUGAAAGUUAAUAGGUAUAUUAUAUCUCAGCAGAUGUAAGUUGGUUGAGAUUUUGAGAAUUGGUUUGUUGAAUCACAAUUUAUUUCAACAUUUCAUUCUGAAACUUGGAGAAUACAUUUAUUUAUCCUGCUAUAUCCCUUUGCAUUGCUUUGGUGUAUACUUGUCUGUGAUGAUAUCUACUUAGUAUGGAAGAUAAACAGAUAAAACCAUUAAUUUGUUUUACAAAUUGGGCUAAUCCACAGAAAUCUUGAGUGAUAACUGAAAUGUUUGUCAGUUGUGUUCUGAAAUUUACUGGUGCUGUGCAACAUAUUGCCUAAAGUAGUACAAAAUAUGUAAAUAUCUGUUAUUUUUGUUAUUGAUGGUUAAUAUGUACUUUCUGAUGGAUGAAUUGUGUGUUUGGGUUUUGGGACCAAUUAGUUGUUAUACAAGGUUUAAUAUUUUAUUGUCAAAGGUUGUGUUAGUGAAUUGAAAAAUAUGUGUAAAAAUAGCUUAAACGCUUCAAUAUCUGUCAAAUGCAGAUAUAUUUCAAAGGAAAUAAAAAGAAAAUUUAGUGCCAAAUAUAAAACAAGUUUGAAAAUGAAGUAAUUAAUGGAAUCUUAACAUUCAUGGUUAAAUUUGAUUGAUACAUGUUUUGAGCAAUAUUAAUUAAAUCUAAUAACAAUGGAGAAAUCCUUCAGUCCGUGUUGCAUGUAGAAUCAGUAGUGACUAUCACUAGUGACAUUUCAGUUUGUAUUUUAGAGUUGUAUGUAAAUAAAAGUAGUAAUAUAAUGUUAUAUAUGUGAAGUAUAAUUUCUUUUGUUUGAUGCUUAUGUGAUGUAUUGUCUUGUUUACUCUUCUUUGAUUGCACAAUAGUUUAUAAUGUCCAAAGAAGGGCAUUAGUUGUCCAGCAUUUCAUACUUGCAAAUUUCUUUGUAUCCCUAAAAGUUAAAUCUGAGGUUGUUAUUUUAUCAGAAUGAAAUGAGUAAAAUUCUUUCUGUAACAUUUAAGUAGGCUUAUUAUUUAUUGUGAAGAAAAUUAUUUUAUGUCGUGUUUGAAAAGUGGAGAUGACAUACUGUGGAUUCAUUAUUAUUCAUGGGAUAUCAAUUUUUCAUGGAUUUCUUGGGUAAAGGUGUACCACAAAUUCAAAUGUUCAACGAAAUACAAAUGUUCUAUAGGCUUGUAUUCAUACUUGGGCAAAACCACAAAAUCAAAUAUCCAUGAAAAUGUAAUGUUUCCUCAAUCCUCGAAAAUUGAUAGCCACGAAAAUAAAUGUAUCCACAUUAUAGUUUUAUGCUCUAUGUUUUAUGUCUCUCCUGCUUUUGGCACUAGAUUAAAGUAUAAUGUAGUUUUAUUUGAUAGCAAUAUUUAACUUCAUGAUUGAAUACUUCAAGAUGUGAAUUAUUUAAAAUUAUGUCUGAUCAAUUAAGUUAAGUUCUAAAUUAAAAAAAUAAUUUAACAUGAAGUUAACAUGAUGCCUAUAUGAAAUUUGUCAAAGAAAGAUUCAAGAUUUGAAUAAUUUAUACUAUAUGUAAAAAGCUGCCUUUGGCUUAAAUUUAUGGUUCACCGGUGAUAUAUAUUAUUAUUCAGCAUAAUGCUAUUGCUAGGCUUUGUUACUCCCUUUAAACUUGUCAGAGCACUGUGUCAGUGAACACUGACAAUUUGUUUUAUUGUAUUUUGAUUUGGUCAUGAAUAUGCCACACUAAAGGGGGAUACAUGAAGACCACAAUAAGCACAAUACUUGGGUGGUAACAUGGAUGUUACUGACUUUCUGUUUAGUUUGUAUAUUUUGUUCUGUGUCACAAUAGUAACCAUGAAAUAUGUUUUAAAACAAUCAUUUUAAUUGUCAUACUUGGCUGAUACAGCAGCUGAAACAUACUUUACUAUGCCAUAUAUCUGAUCUGGUGUCUGUUAUUAAUUUUUCUCUGAUUAUCAUUUUUUUCAGGAUUCAGAACUGUCAUUUAUUGCAGGACUCUUAUUGAUUAAGCAUUACCAUAUUGAUAAGAUAAAAGUCCGUUCAGAUAUUUUAAAAGUAAUAAAUUCUGGAAGAAUUUUUUUUUUUUUUUAGUUUUGCAACAUUUUACUGUUAUAUAAGGAAGAUAAUAGAUAAAUUAAGUCAAUUAAUCUAUGUACAGAUAUGACCUUGUUAAUGAUUUAUUUCCUGAAAUAUUGGGGUUUGUGCAAUUAUAUUACUUCCUUGUUUGAUAAUUGAUUUGUUAUGAAUAUGUUAUUCUAUUAUUUUUAUGGUUAUUUUUGUCACAUCAUAUUAAGGUUUCAAAAAUGUUCACAUUAAAGUUAAAUUAACUAGGUUAAGGAGAGUUUGAGUGCAAUUUAUAAGUAAUAGAGAAGUUUGACCUAAAAAACAAUACUUGGAAAUGUGUUAUACUCAGCAAAUGGUAAAAACACAAUAAAAACAUGUCAAAUAAUUAAGAACAGUCGUAAUAAAUUGCUAAGGAAAGAGGCAUUGCAUUUUAGGUAUAUAUAAAAUCUUAAAAAGUUAUUUGAAUCAGAUUCUUUUUUAUCAAAUAUCUGUAACAUGAGAUCUUCCAUAAAACAGGUGCAUGCCAAAAGAAAAACGUGAAGUUGUGAUAGCUAUAGCUGUGAUGUAUCCUGAUAUUGACUAUGUACCUAUACGUGCAUUCAUUGUUAUUUAGAUGUUUGAUACAAUUCUGCUCAUUUACAUUUACUUUCACAAGAAGUGCUACAAAACUUAGAAAACAACAAUGUUAUAUACAAUUCUUUGGAUUUUCCUUUUUUAUCCAGGUUCGAAAAUAAAAAUAAUUGCAUUGAUCUGGCAAUUACUUUGCCCAAAUUCUGUCCUAUAUUAUUUAGUUCAAAAUAUGAUAUGUACCAUUUUGGAAUUUAAAAAGAUAAAGAUAUUCUGGUAAAAAGAGAAAAUGUAAAAUUUAUGUACAAAAGUAUAAUGGAAAGCUUUUUAUCACAUGUAUUUAUUUAGUUUUUCAUAAGGCUGAUUUCCCAUGGCUGACAUGAACUCUUGUCAUUUCCUCAUUUGGGGAGUCUACUAAAGUAAAUCUCUUACUAGUUGCAUAGGAAUUAAAAAUAGAAAUGCUUUGUGACAUGGACAAUUGUGCAAAGCAAUUUUUUUUUAAAGAUUGCAUUUUUUCAGUUUUCCAUAGUUAACAUGGGUUUUGCCAUUUCUAUAUAUUGGAUAGUUUUUCAGUGCUCACUUUCAUCUGUUUUCAUAUGAAUAGAAUUAAAUUUUACAAAAAAUGUUUUUAAUAUGUGCAGAUGUACAUUUUAUAGUCAAACAGAAAAGGAAACAAACUAAUUUCAAUUUAAAACAUUUUUCUGAAGUGAAUAUGCAUAAUCAGUUAAGUUCUGUAUGACUAGUUUUAAAAAAAGACAACAUUUAUCCAGGCAUUUUGACAUGUCAUCUAUGUGUGUUGUAAGGAUAUGAUACUCAUUUAAUAUACUCCUAGCAGUACAAUACUGCAAGCUAUUAUUUAAUUUACAUUUUUUUUAUGUUAACAGUAACAGGUCAUGAAAAACCAAACCAUUAGAACAUAUAAAACAUAAAUAUAGUCAUUUCAUUUCAUUUAAUUUGCUUUCAUGCCAUUAUCAAUUUUUAUUUUAGAAAGAAACAAAUGAUUUAAGGAGAAGGCAUGAUAGGGCUUUUUUUUUUGCCCCCUGAAUAAGAAAAUCAAAAGGUAUUAUAAUUAUCUACUAAGUAACAUCCUUCUUAUAAUCAUUGGACAUUAGUCCUAAUAUAACAGUAUUAAGUUUUUUUUUAUUCUCUUUCUCUAACAUAUUUGCAUUAGGGCUUCUAACUUUUUGCAUAAUGCAAAACUGCCAAAUCAACAAAAGUAGCCUCAUUAUGAGAUCUUGUCAUUAAUGUUUAGAUAUGAACAAAGGCUUUAAUUUCCUAUAAGACAUAUUUCACAAAGGUGUGUAUGUUUGUUUUGUAAAAUGUCUUCUAGUGCAAGUCCUUGGCUGAUAUAUAUUUUGUCCAAAAACCAUGUGUAAAAUUGCCAUUUUAUAUCAAAUAUGUUCAUUUCAACAUGUUGAUGACACCAUAUUGACUUCACAAGUGACCAUUCUGUACAGAAAAGUACAUAUUAUUUCAACCUGUUCAUUUAUCUAUAAAAUUAACAUAGUUUUGAAAGUUUUAGAGUAAAAUUUCUAUUUUUUGCUAAUUCAGGGGCCAAAUAUUGGCUCUUAUCAUACCUCCUAUUCAGUGCUUGUUAAGAUAAAAAGUAAUGUAAUUACCAUAAUGUCAUAUCAAAUGUAUUAUAUCAUUACUGUAUCUUUUAAAUUUAGAAUAACUCAUUUAUAGAUAAUCAGCCAAAAUAUAACUGUCUUCUGGGUUGCUGUUCAAUCAUUGCAGCUGUGUUUUAGUGUGGUGUAAAGUUGUGUGUAUUGUAAAAGUAUGAAUGUGAUAUUUAUGAGGGUUGAUAAGCUCAUGCUUUACAUUACUUUAUAUUGAUGAUUACAUAGAGGACACUGUGUUGAUAAAGUAUAUCACCAAUAUUUCUUCAUUGUUAUUAUGAUUACAUAUUUUAUGAAUCAAUAAAUCUAUUUUUAAACUAA